UCAUUUCUACAUCUUAGACAGAAAUCAUUGUCUUAUACUCAUCUAUGUAUGGUAAAUCUUGGAUAAAAUAUUUUGCAAUACCACUCUCGGAGACAAGAUAUAUUUCUCGUCUCUGAAUCGCGUUGGGGGAAUCUUGAGAAAUAAUGCUAUUUCAUUCCAAAGGGCAGCAGCUGAACGCAAGAAUGGUCGACGCACGAUUUUGUUCCUCGCGGUAACUAUAGGAAAAGGUAGAGCGUUACCAUAUAAGCUGUCCGAGUCAUUUCCUCUUCUAAAAAUGGUCUGUGAGAAAGAAAAAACCGUAAUGUUUGCUAGUGAUAUCACUGAACAUUCAUCUGAAUAUGAGCCUCAAGACAUCUUAGACUUCCUGACCGAUUCCAGAAAUUUUGAUGUCAGUUUGUCAGAGUCGUUCACACCUGAGAAGACAGCUUAUGUUGCAUCGACAGACCCUCUUGCCAAGAAAUUUUACCAUCUCAUGUGUAUCCGUGACAAAUAACCGGAGAGUCGAAGUUUUGGAGCUGAUUGAAAACCAAAUCGAUAAUGAAAGAGCGAUUCUCAUUGCCAAUAUGUUACAGAGGAAUAUUAGUAUUUUCAGUCUGGACUUAUCAAGAAACUGUAUUGGUAUGGAAGGGAUCUCAGCUCUUUCAGACGUUCUGGAUGCUUCAUACUCUGUGACAUGUCUAUAUCUAUCAGAGAACUCAUUAACAAACCGAGAUGUGGCUCCUCUGAUUAAAAGCCUCCAAAGCAACUUUUUCCUGACGACAUUAGACCUCAGUUACAAUAAGAUCACAUUUGAAAAUGGACAAGACUUGACCGCCUUCCUCACAAAUAAUGAAACAUUAAUUACACUUGAUCUGCGGUGGUGUCUUAUCUGUGAUAAAGGCGGUCUUGCAUUGGCUAAAGGUCUGAAGAGAAAUGUCAGUCUCAAAGUUUUAGAUGUUAGCUGGAAUGGCCUAGGCGAACGUGGAUUAAAGAAUCUUGCUUUAGCUCUAGCUUAUAACAACUGCCUUAAAGCUAUCAACUUGGCCAAUAACAACUUGACACCAAAAACAACAGUUCAUCUUGCUAGAGCUUUAAAAAGAAACAAAAGCCUUGAAGUUCUCAUAUUAGACAACAAUACUAUUCGUGAUGACAACACCAGACCCUUCAUCCAACUGUGCUUAGGCCAUAGCAGCCUCAUGCUACUCUCUUUACAGGGUGUUCACCUUGGCAAAAAGAUGUCUUUUUAUAUUCAGGAAAUGCAAUAUAUUGCAUCAGAAGAAACUCAUCUGACAAAGAUUGUGCUGCUUAAUGAUUGUAAUGAUAUGCAUGUGGUAAAUGAAACACUAGUCAGGAGUUUCUUGCAGUUACUGUCUGACUUUAUCAGACAAAAUGGUCACAGCCUUGAGGCAUCUUUCAAAUCUAUUGAUAAAAGCAGAGAUGGCUAUCUCGGGUUAGAGUCAACAAUACUGUGUUUGGAGAAGACAGGAUUCCAUAUACCGUUGAAAUCUAUGAAAGACCUCAUUAAGAAAAUAGCAAGGGAAAAUCUUGAGAAAAUUCCAUACUGCAUUUUCUUUGAUGACACUAUAAAAGGAAUUCUAAAAGCUAACAAACAACGCCUGAAACGGUUUGAAGCAGUAGCAAAGUAUCUCUGAAGCUACAUUUUCAAUGUUGAAUAAGAGAUUUGCACAUCAAUACAACAUGCAUUAUGUGUAUAUAUAUAUAUAUAUAGAUAGAUAGAUAUAAAACACAUACAUAGAUUAUAUAUAUUGUAUUGAGUCAAAAGUUUAGCAAUAUUUUUGUAACUUAAUUGCUUUAUUCACCAAGUUACUACAAAAGCAGCCUAGCAUUCAUAGUAGAGACCACCGUGUUGCACUGUCUGAAGCCGCCUUUCUGCCAGUUCUUUGAUUCCAGGCUGGUACCAGUUCUUGUCAUUCAAGGUGAAAAACUCUUUGACAAUGGAACAUCAUGAGGAAAGGAGGUGAACCAUGAAUCAGAGCAAGCAAUAAUCCAAGGGAGAUAUUUUUCCUGCAAUCCUAAUAUGCAUAAGCAGUGGUCAAGCAAAGGACAGCUUCCAGAACCUUUCACCAAACACGAGCAUUUCAAACAGAAGGUGAUGCUCCUUGUCUGAUAGAAUUAUGAGGGGAUAAUUCGCUACAAGUUUGUUCCGAACUUGAACCAUUGAUACCAACCUGUACUAUGAACAGCUGGCACAGAUGUAUGCUUCUGUGUGACAAAAAUAGCCAGCAUUGGUUAACAGAAAGUGUGCUCUUCUGCACAAGGCUUCAUACCAUUCAAACAACCUGAAAUAAACUCCAGGAACUUAGAGGAAUUGAACUGAUGUCACAUCCAGUAUAUAAACAUGACCUAGCUCCCUUGGAUUAUUACUUGCUCCAAUCUAUGGCUCACUUCCUGUGCUUGCAACACUUCAUCAACCAAGAGGAAGUGGAAGUUUAAGUGAAGGAGUACUUUACCUCAAGGGACAAGAACUGGUAGAGAAGUGGCUUCAGAUGGUGCAACACGAUGGCCACCACUUUGAAUGCUCGGCUGAUUUUCUUGUAACUUCAAUAUUGCAAAGCUUUUCACUCAACACAAUAUUUAUAUAAAACACACACAGGGAUUGCAUAUAUAUAUUUAUAUAAAACACACACAUGGAUUUUACAUAUACAAAGACGUGUAUUAAUUAUAAAUAUAUAUAUUAUAUUCAAAUUCAAUUAAAAACAAGAUACUAAAUUUGCUGCCAUUAGAAAACCCUACCCAACAGAAACCAAAGAAACUGCUCGUACGAAAUAAAUUCCAAAGAUAAGACAGAGAAGAGAGACAACACAACACUAUUAUAGAAGCUGAUAUGUGAAUAUCUGAGAAAGAUAAAAUCUCAAAAUUCUCCAUGUGGUAUAUUAAACAGAAACUAGAAAUUUGUUGAUUCUUCAAGAAUUCUUAUUUGAAGUUGUGUCUGGCGGGUGUCAAACUCUCUUAAAAUCUGAAGCGAAAGCUAAAACUUAAAGCUGUUUAUCAACUAUCAGUGAUCUAAAAAAUAAAAAGAUUUUAAUGUGCUUUUUUUUUUUGACUUGGUCUGAAGCAGUUAAACAAUUUCUAGAAUUUUGUAGUUCAUUUUUGUUGUUAAAUAUAAAUAGAAAAAGU